AUGCACGAUUCCGACAGCGACGCGGGUCAAGGCGGCGUGUCCGUCGAGUCGCUCCCAGCCGCGUUGCCAUCGACGGACAACGGGAUCCAUGAAGAAGCAUGGCGAGCACAUGUAUCCUUUGGGUCAUGGUUGUCGGUGUUUUCCAACGGCCAGUGGCGACGCGCGCAAGUGGUCGACGAGACUGAUAACCUCCUUUGUGUGAGCUUCGACGACUCGGACGAGGAAGACAUGUGGAUCGAUCGUGGGUCUCAGGACAUUGCACAGGACAACGUGGAGGACGCUUCUCUCGUCGCUGUCGAUACUUCCACGUGGCAACCUCCUCUCAGCUCACCUCGUCGACCGUCGGGCCUGACUAACGUUGGCAACAUGUGCUUCUUGAACAGUUUACUGCAGCAACUGUAUUGGCGCCCCCAUUUCCGGGACCUCAUCCUUUGCACGCCUCCAACCAACGCCAUCGAGCACGCGUUGGUUGAGUGCUUUGAAGGUCUUCAUCUGAACGACGGAACCUCCAUCGACGCCUCGGCCGUGCUAGCUGCUUCUGGUCUGGAAGCUGGACAGCAGCAGGACAUCCAGCAAGUGUUCUUAUUGCUCAUGAACCUCCUCGAGUCCCAUCCGGCGGUGGGUUGCGUGUCUGGCGCCAUCCGCCACACGCUGCGCUACGGAGGCGCCCGCCGCACCAGCAUAGCCGCGUUCCACUGCUUGUCAUUGGAUGUCGUGGGGGUGACGUCAUUGGAGGAAUCGCUGGCCGAGUGGACAGCUACAGAACAAAUCUGCGAUUUUGACUGGGACGAACGCGCGACCGGCGUGACCAUCUCCAAGCAGUCGACGGUUGAGACGAUGCCAAGUCUGCUGGUGUGCCACCUCAAUCGGUUCACACUCAACUACCACACGUGGGCCACGGACAAAGUGCCGUCCCGACUGGCGUUUCCCAUCAAGUUUCCGCUAGACGACCAGUAUAUCCUGCGGGGCGUCGUCGUGCACUGUGGCGACCAAGCGUCGUCAGGUCAUUACAAGGCGUACAUUCAAGACAACUCUACGAGUUUGUGGAUGGAAUUCAACGACACCAUCGUGCGGCCGUGGGAUGUCCAUACAAACGUCGAAGCCGACUGCUUUGGCGGCCCAUGUUCUGACCAAUGCGCGUAUCUGUUGGUGUACGAGAAACAAUUAUAACAGUGUAUUAUGUAUAUAAUAAGGGCAUGUCAAAUGUGUGA